UUCAUAUAUGUCUAAGUUGCUGAGUAGUGUAAACAACGAUUUUGAAUUAUUGUACUUUUGAAAUUUGUUUACAUAACUCAGUAGGUAGGACAGUACUCCUUUAAUUGCUUUAUUUAGGUGUAAACUUUAAAUAACAAUUUAUUGGCUUUUUAAAUGCUAUGGAGGGUUGUAAAUCUUCAACGAAAUUUUUUACGAUGUGACUUAUGGACUAAAAGUAAUUUGUAUUUUCAAAAAAUGCCUUUCUACGCUGUUGCCAAAGGCCGGACUUCCGGAAUAUUUAUGGAAUGGAGUGAUUGUGAAGCCCAAGUUAAGGGCUUUCCUGGCGCAAGAUAUAAAAAGUUCAAUACAGUUGUCGAGGCUCAAGACUUCAUUACAACUAACAAAAGAGUUAGUGGACCGGCAAAGGAGAUCCCUCCUAAAAAGCAAAAAUCUCGUUCAUCUCUGCCCAGUAAAAACGAUAAUAAUCUGAAAAGAAAUUAUUCAACUUCUUUCAAAGCUGACGAUACUGUUCCAAAGAAGAAACCAAAAGCAAAAACAGAUGGUUUUAGUUCUGAUGACGAUGAUAUUGACUUGAACACUAUAGUUAUAAAACAAUUAGAUGACAUAGAGGAAAGACUGAAAGGAGUUACAAAUCGUGUUGAUAAAAUCUUUCAAAAGAAUACUAAAAAGGUAGGAAAGAAGACUAAGUUAAUUCAACCACAGGACCUUGGAUCGAAUUUUAAAGUGGAUGAUGAGGGGUUUGUACAAGUUUAUACAGAUGGAGCAUGUUCAUCAAAUGGGCGUUCAGGUGCUCGAGCUGGUCUUGGUGUGUACUGGGGUGAUGGCCAUAGUCUAAAUGUAAGUGAGCCAGUGUCUGGGCGAGCUACUAACAAUUGUGGUGAAAUUCAAGCAGCCACAAAAGCCAUCAAGCAGGCUAUUGAUAAUGGGGUUGACAAGUUGGCUAUUAAUACAGACUCUAAGUUUCUUAUCAAUUCUGCUACCAAGUGGAUGACAGGUUGGAAAAGAAAGGGAUGGAAACUCCAGUCAGGAGAACCAGUGAAGAAUGAAGUAGAUUUUAAGGAUCUUGAUAGUGUCCAAAAAAAGAUUAAUAUUAAGUGGAAUUAUGUAGAAGCCCAUAAAGGGAUUCAUGGCAAUGAGAUGGCUGAUCAACUUGCUAAAGCUGGUGCCUCACGCUAUGGAAACUAAACACGAAUGUGUAGUUCCUAUGUAGUUUUAUUAGGUUAAAUUGGUAAUAGUUUGUUUAAUAGUAAAAGCAUGUUGUAGAGUCAAAUGAAUGUUACUUUUGUUUUUUAUGUAGCUGUUAACUUUGUUAUACAUUUAAGAUAUCUUUUACAUAUUGCAACUUCUAAAUUCUACUGUCUAUAUUUUUAAUCUGCUUUAAUUAUGAUUGCCAUUUGUUUAGGACAUUUAUCUAAGGUUCGCCUAGCAUUUAUUUGGUAUAAAUUGGUGCUUAUAAAAUGUAUGGGUAUAACCUUUAUUACUAUUGAUGGCUGUGCCUCCUUUAAAUAGGAAAGGUAUUGUUAUUUCUAUCCCUUCCACAUCUGCCUAUCUACUUCCUUAAGAUGGGUCUUAGGCUGUAGUAUUUUCAUAUUCCUUCAUGUCUAAUGUAGUAUAUUCACAGUGAGACUUAACAAGGUUGCAUGUAACUUUAUUAUUAAAAUUGUACCAGACUUUAUUUAAUUAUUGGUACCAUAAAGGCUAGAAUUUAAUGUUACUGCAUGAAAUCAUUAUUUAUUUUUCUAUAAUCUAAAUAGUUGAUAAUGCUUUAUAAGUUAAAUUAUAGUAUUUAUAAGGACUGUUUCCCAUGAAUGGUUUGAG